UCUCUCAUUCUGGGAGGACGUCAUAUGACGUCCUCCCACUCUAACUGCACAUGCACGCAGCAAUCAGUGCCCCAUCAGUGCCACCUGUCUGUGCCUAUCAAUGCCACCUGUCAGUGCCCAUCAGCGAACAUCAAUGGAACAUAUCAGUGCCUACCAGUGCACAUCAAAGCCACAGUGCCCAUCAGAACUGCCUUUCAGUGCCAACUAUCAGUGCCAGUCAGUGAUUCCUUUGAGUGCCAUCAAUCAGUGCCGCCUAUCAGUGCCACCUAACCAUUUCAAUCAGUGUUGCCUAUAUGUGCUGCCCUUCAGUGCCCAUCAG